AUGCGACGCCGAUAUGAGCGGAUGGAAUCGCAGAUUCCAUCGGAUCAUCCUCCUCCAGAGUGUAGAGAAGGGAAGACGCAGGUGGGAGGGAAGGGGUAUCCUGAAACUCUUUGGGUCCAUCCGGUUCCGAAGGAUCAAGUAGAGUCGAUUCCGUGGAAAGUUCCAUGGUUCCUGACGUAUCCGGGUCAACGUCCAAUCGGACGCCAGAGCUCCGAGCAGACGAAAGAUGACUCGUGUGCUCGCGAGCUCAGUGGUAGAGCGUUCGAUUGCAGCUCGAAUGGUCGCUGGUUCAAUCCCGGUCUCGCGCUUGUUGUUGCUCUCACCAUUGCCCGCUUGGCUUCGAACGUUAAGAAGUGGUUGCAUCGCAUGACCCUCUCACCCUUGCUUUGCUUGUGGCUGUUGUCCACCGGUGACCCUAGUCGAUUCAGCAAUGCGCUCAAGCUCAGUGGUAGAGCGUUCGAUUGCAGCUCGAAUGGUCGCUGGUUCAAUCCCGGUCUCGCGCUUGUUGUUGCUCUCAUCAUUGCCCGCUUGCUCAGUGGUAGAGCGUUCGAUUGCAGCUCGAAUGGUCGCUGGUUCAAUCCCGGUCUCGCGCUUGUUGUUGCUCUCAUCAUUGCCCGCUUGCUCAGUGGUAGAGCGUUCGAUUGCAGCUCGAAUGGUCGCUGGUUCAAUCCCGGUCUCGCGCUUGUUGUUGCUCUCAUCAUUGCCCGCUUGAAUUAA